UCCCUGUCUUCAUUUCGAAUAUUCUUUACUUUAACUGCUCUAGUCUAGAUCUAGAUCUAGAUUCAUUUCAAAUUAUUCGGAAUCAUUACAAAAUUUGUUCUGUAUAUUUUGGUUGUGGUAUAGUGAAUGUUUUGCCCCUGAGUAACAAGUAUAAACAUGGCGUUAAAAAAUGGUUACUUUGUACCAUUUUAGUUGAAAUUGAAGAAACGCACGCUGCAAAUCCUGUGUCAACAUGGAUGAAGUUGAUGCUGUUCCUCGCCCAAGAAGGCAAAGACCUAAGGAUUCCUUUCAGAGUGAGCUCCAAGCAAAGCUGCAUCAGAGAAAGUCCUUGGGAUUGACUGCUGAGGUAACAGACAGUGAUGACGAUGGUCUGUCCUCAUCCCGCACUAAAGAUUUUAUGAAGAGGGGAGCCACACGCCCCAGUGCAGCCAAAAGGAGACCAGAUCAUUCUCCUGACUUGAGCCGGGGUCUGGGGACGACAACGAUGCGAGCCCGUGACUUGUCCUCUCUUCUGGGACGAAGUGUCUCGGAUGACGAGGACGAGGAAGUCAUGGCGGCCAAUCUGGGGAAAGCCAGUCCCGGGGGUACCUGGCAGCCUGGCAGUCUGAAGACGCCUUCUCCCAAGCAAGACUCAUUAUUUGCUCGUAAAACUCCGACGAGAGAUAGUCCUAAGGAACAAUCAGGCCGGCUGGAGUCUAUUUAUGGCAGGAAGACGCCGACGAAAGAUGUGAGCCCUCGGAGUGGGGGUUUGUCGAAGGAGGAUAUUAUCUUUGGCAGGAAGACGCCCGUGGAUGGCAAGAAGAGCCCUCAUGAUGGGCUCGCGAGGGGUGACCCCUGUGGACGCGACACUCGACACCAUCUCGGAGACUCCCAGGGAGAAAGUCACACCUCGGAUCCAAAGGGGCCAGAAAAGCGAAACAUCACCCAGAGCGCUUGCCCUUGAGGACAGGCCCAAGCCACAGGCGCGGUCUCGAGUGUCGGAGAGAAAAACGCCGCCCCUGGUAGACCCGCGCAGGACUUCACCCACAGCCCAGACCAGCAAAGACGGAGCUCUGAGGAGAGCGAGUCCUUCUUUUGAUUUGUUUGGGGGCAGAGGUCGCGCUGCCGCAGCCCAAGAGGUGGAUGAGUACAUCGACAAAGACAAACAGGGGAAGGAGGAGAAGUUGUAUGGGGGGAGACAUGCCCUGCGCCGUAGCCCAAGCCCUGAUUCAAAGAAAAAGGAACUGGAGGCAUUGGGCAGAGCGUCGCCAAGUAAACAGGGCUCCGGCCGCUUCUCUAAAGAUGGCCGCAAAACUCCCACCGAUCGCAAAACACCUACUGGUGUGGAUCGAAAAACUCCUACCAGUUUCGACCGUAAAAUGCCUUCAAGUUUGGACCGUAAGACGCCGACCAGUUUUGACCGGAAGACUCCCACCGGCCAAAGACAGAAGACGGCGGAAGAGACGGACAAAGAAAUCCUUCAGGAGAAGGCAGCGGCUAUGAAAGGCUCUUCUCUUCUAGACUUCCUCACUGAAGACACAAGCCAAGCCAAACCAAAGCCUCAGGCCCGGAAAAAUCGGUCCCGCGAUACCGCAGAUGACGACUUGGACGAUAUCUUCGCUGCCAACAAGAAACUUUUGGGGAAAUCCGCUGAAGUUCGCAGGUCGACAGAGGGACGUAAGUCCCCGGGGAUUGUGGGUCGUAAAUCUCCCGAGCCGUCUAAGAGGUCAUCGGCAUCCUUUGAAGACGGGGAGACUCCGAAGCCCAGAACGAUUCCCAAGCAGCAGAGGCCGGAGGAUGCCAGUUCCAUUUGUGACGAGAUUCCUCUCGACCCCAACAGGAAAGUUCAUGCGGAUACCGAGAGGGCCACGAGGUUGGGGAAGCAGAGUUCUGAGAAAGCCAAAGCUGAGGCUGCUAUUGACAGUAUCGCUGAGGCACAAACCAUGCAGUACAUCGAACCAGCAAAGAAAGUCAGGUGA